AUGGACACGACAGCGGUCUUGGACAAGUAUACGCAGGACUUGCUGAACCUACCGCUAGAGGUGAAGUACUUGUUUGAUGAAAUCAAAACUAAAGAUCUCCAGCUAGCUGAGGCCAGGCGUCGGUACCAGAGUAAGGACUCCCAGUUGCACAAGUUCAUAAGGACCAAUGGAACCCUCGCAAAGCACCCCAAGGAGGUGCAGCUAUAUCAGAAGAUCGAGGAGGAAAUGAAACUGAUGCAGAGUAUCCAGAAAGAGAAGAUAUUGCUUGCCAACACGGCGUUGUUUCUUGUUUCUAAGCAUAUGUUCAACUUUGAGGUGGACAUCCAGAAGCUAGAAAAAGACGAUCUUCUAGCGCCUGUGGAUGAAGACGCUCUCGAUGACUCCGUGGAAGAAACAGCGUCCGCCACUCCUAUCCCUGACAUACCAAAAAAGAAGAGGUCCUACUCUGUCAUGAGAAGAUACAAGAGACUCAAGUCGGAGGACUACGACGACAGACUGGACGAAAGCACGCCUGAAAUCAGCACAAGAGCACACCACAGCCACUUAGGCCCUCGUGCCCCCUCGGGCGCUUCUGGCGAAGACGCAGAUAACAAUUUGUACUGUUUCUGCCAGCGUAUCUCGUUCGGCGAGAUGAUUGGAUGCGACAACGAUGACUGCAAGUACGAGUGGUUCCAUUGGCUGUGCGUGGGCAUCACCAGCCCGCCCAAGGAUGACGAUAUCUGGUACUGUCCCGACUGCGCCCCUAAGAUGGAAAAGAGGAAAAAGAGGAAGAAGUGA